AGACAAGGCUGAGCUGAACAGGUGCGAGGCUUGGUCUCCACGGGACAUGCCAUAUGAAGUCAAGACCUACGUCGUUCUCUUGAUAUUAACUGAGUCUAUUCCGUUUAUUUCUAGAAGUCAACGUCUGAACUUCACGAUCGAGAGAGAACAGAGAGCGCCUUCCAAGAAUGGCGAGUAUUCGAAUAUAUCCGCCAAGGCCUACCAGUACCGGUGGUCUCAUUCGCCGUUUAAAGGACCCAGACAUUGACCAAAAAGAGGGGAAAACCUUGCGAUCAUUGGCGGGCAAAAUGAUUGAAGAGUUUAGAGAUAAUCCCAAACCGUCCUACAUACCUGAAGCGACUCUGUUAUCGACAAUUAGCACCGAUCAACAAUAUGAGAGACUCAUAUCGACCUUUGGGAAUGUGAUCAUUAAGGGCACCACGGAUGGUGAUAUCCUUGAUCGAGGAAUUCUGGCGGGUUUUACAUUUGUCCUUCGUCGCUGUUCAGGCGCCCUUUCGGCAGAAACUGCCAAGCUUGGCUCCGUACUUGGAAGCCUCGCAAAGCGACUCAAAAAUGCUAUAGAUCAGGCUGAAAUGGAAACUCAAUAUCAAUUGGUCUGCCUUCUCUCAAAUGUGCUGGAUGCCAUGGUUGAUAUCAAGAUUUCGGGCCUUGGCCGAGAACCAUUACAUGAACCCUUACUUCGGAUACUUUGCAAAUUGGAAGAACAUAAGGAGCCUCGCCUUGCACAAGCCGCAAGAUAUGCCCGCCAGGCCUUACUCGGCGUGUCCGACGACGAAGGCCCUUAUGCAGCACUGUGGCGCUAUAGCUUUACAGCUAUAAAAGCGGCAACGAAAAUCACUGCCGCUGUCACAACCAAAGAUCCAACAAAAAUUCUCGAUGCUAGUUCCGACCUGCUGAAACUAUUGUCUCUCUUGAACGAUCUGCGUGAGGCAGCUCAGGAGGCCAAGGUCUCGAAUUUCUUGGAAGGUAUGAAGAGCCUUUCCAAAAAGAAAGGCUGGUAUGUGGCUCUUCGAUACACAGAUAUGCUACUCAAAGCACAGGCAUUCCAAAUGCUGCAAUCGUUCCUGAAAGAAAGCCCUUACUAUGAGAACGAGCAAUUUUUGUGCGGCUUAUACUCUCAGCUUGAGCAGGCUUGGUUAAGUGGCGAUAAACUAGUCAAAGACCGAGUGAUUGACUUGCUCACUUGUACCCUGACGCAACCCCAAAAUGAGGAGCAACAGUUGCGGCAAUGGAUUGGUCUAAUUGCUAAUACUCUGGAUCAGCCAUGCUGGAACAAAUGUUAUCUCCACACUGAAGAACACAAAUUUAGAAUCUGGAAAAACAGUAAGAAUAAGGCUUACGAGCCAAAGCUUACGGCGUUUUUAGAAGAAAAUCCCAAGUUGGAGGACCAUCCCGCCUACUUGUUAGAGACCGUAUGGUCUCAGUGUAACGAUGCCAAAUCGUUCUAUGCCGACAAUAGGAUCAGAGAAUACUACCGAGAGGGAGACAAUCUCAAGAUUAAACGCCUAUCUGGCGACUAUCUUCCGAUCCAGCAUUGUUAUAUCAACCUUAGUAUACUGGAGGUACCAGCAGGAAAGGCUGCAAACGAGACGAGAAAUCCGGAAUCACAAAUUUCCCGCUUUUCACUAUUCAAUCGCCUGAAGGUCAAUACGGCUGAGACUGGAAAAGAAGUACAUUUGCCAGAUUUGUUCAGCGAUCGGAAGAUACAGGAUGGCGGCUUGGUCAAGCCCAGACGCAUAUUGAUUCGAGGACGUGCUGGGGUCGGAAAAACCUCACUGUGCAAGAAAAUCGUUCACGACUUCCUUUGCGGUCAAAUGUGGAACGAUCUAUACGACCGUUUAAUUUGGAUACCGCUGCGAAGAUUAAAGGGCAAGAAUCAUCCGAAAGAUUUCCUCGCCGAGGAAUUUUUCUUCAUGCAUGGCGAACGCGACAGUCUGGUUUCAGCUCUAUGGGACGCCAUAUGCGGUGGGAUGAAUGAAAGGACUCUACUCCUACUUGAUGGGCUGGAUGAAAUCGCGGCGGAGCCAACCCAGUCUGGAAAUGAUCUAGCUGAGCUUUUUAAAGGCCUUUUCAACCAAAAGAAUGUCAUUGUUACCUCUCGACCAUACGCAAAACUACCCGGCUUUCAACCCUUUGAUAUCGAAUUAGAAGCUGUCGGGUUCCGUCCAGCUCAAAUGCAAACUUACCUUGAGACGGUGGUGAACGAUAGAGUUGCACUACAACAGAUUCAGGAAUUUAUCAAAGGCCACGAGCUUAUUGAAGGACUCGUUCAAAUUCCGAUUCAGCUCGAUGCACUUUGCUACAGCUGGGAUGGAAAAGUCCCUCCCGAAGACGUACCUAACACCAUGACAACCCUCUACCGGGCAAUUGAACUCAGACUAUGGAAAAAAGAUAUCCUUCAAUUGGGAAAGAGGAAUUAUGGAGAGCUGCUAAGCGAAGCUCAAGUCCAGCUCCUAGAGACUCAGUCGCAGGUUAAAAGACACGUGCAGGGAGAGAUUGACUUGCUCCAGAAGCUGUCAUUUACUGGCCUCUAUAACGACAUCAUUGAAUUCAAUAAAUACGAGCGCAACAAAGUAUACGAACACCUCGAACUUUUCAACAUGUCUGACCAUAUCCUGGACAAACUCUCAUUUUUGCGCUCCUCCGACUCUGCAUCCAAGGGACACGACCGGAGCUACCACUUCAUUCAUUUGACGUUUCAAGAAUACUUUGCAGCGCAGUAUUUUGUCCGCUGUUGGCAGUCCAAUCAACCACUUUCCUAUCUUAAAUUGAGCUCUGCAAGGAAAUCAAGCAUCGUUCAAGACUCAACAUGCAAGUUCCUCCAGCGAGAAAAGUACAAUGGACGCUAUGACCUCUUUUGGUCCUUUGUAGCUGGACUGCUUCAAGCUCAAGACGAAGAACAGCUUCUCCAAUUCUUGGACGUGCUUGAAGACGAGCCGCGGGACCUUUUAGGGCCUGUACAUCAGCGGCGUCUUGUAAAUUGCUUUUACGAGCUGGCGUCAUCUGAUAAGUAUCCCAACUUGGAGCAGCGCCGAGCAGAAAUGGAGCACCAUUUAAAGCGAUGGUUGCUUUUUGAGCUUAAUUGGACCGGACGGACUCCGUUUUGCCGUGAUACGGAAUUCCCUGGGCGUAUUAUACACCACAUCUUAAACACAGAAUCCGAAGACAUACAGCAAAGAGUUAUGGAAGGGUUUAAAUCGACAUCACAAUUUUCACCAACCUUUUCAAACCAAAUAGCUUCUUAUCUCCAGAAUGAUGUUUCUUUGGAGCUGAAAUUGACGGCCGCGUCCAGCUUGAGGUUUCAGGAAGCUUUGCCUGAAAGCACCCUCUUGGCAUUAUGGUUUGUACUCAAAGAUGAUGAGUCAAAAGAGCUUAGAGGGCGGGCUGCCAGGGCAUUAAGAAAGCAGGCAGCUUUGCCAGAGAGUAUUCUCAAUGCCAUGUUGUCCCAACCUCUUACUUCACACACGAUGCCUGAUGUUUCUACAAUUCUGUGCAAUCAAUCUAGCUUGCCAGAGAAUGUUCUCGGGAGACUUGUGUCACUACUUGAAUUUGCUGAUUGUCAUUCAGUUAGACAUGCACAUAAUAUUCUAUUUCACCAUUCAAGGACAUCCAAGAUUGCAUUCCAGUACACAGUAGCACAAGCUACUCAACUGCAGAACCAUGAUUCAGGCGUGAAGGCUAGAGUCUUUUCUACUUUGCCAUUAGGACGUUCGUUCCCAGAGCCUCUUCUGAAAGCACUGGCAGCAUUACUCAAUGAUGACAAUAAACAUAUAAGCAGCAGUGCUCUUCUUGCUUUGAUUGAUCAAUCUGUUCUGCCAGAAAAGAUUUCUCGGGCCGUUGCUUUCCAACUUGAUAAUGCUGGUCUACAUGCAAGAAAGAGUCUUCUUGAACGUUUACAGACAAAUGUUUACAUCCCAGAGAUUAUUCUCCAGGCCAUAGCGGCAUGGCUAAAUGAUGAUAAUCCAGGAAUAAGGAUUACUACCCUUAAUGUUUUGGCUGUGCAAAGAAGAAGAUCAGAGCCUGUUUUUCUGACCAUAGCAAGUCAAUUGAAUAAUAGUAAUUAUUUGAUAAGACGUGCUGCUAUCAAUGCUCUGAGCAACGGACACUCACUGCCAGAAAAUAUUUUCCCGGCUAUAGUGACCCGGCUGGGGGAUGAUGAACCAAGAGUGAGGGAGUCGGCUCUUCAUGCAUUAAGAAAGCAACCUACACUGCCAGCAACAAUUCUCCAUGCCAUAGCUACCCGACUAGACGAUGAUGUACCAGAAGUGAGGUUGUCAGCUUUUAAUGCAUUAGGGGAGCAACCUAUACUGCCAGAAACCAUUCUCCACAUCAUAGUGGCCCGACUGGAAGACUGUAAGCCAAGAGUAAGGGGUUUGGCUCUUCAUGCAUUAAGAAAGCAACCUACACUACCAGCAACAAUUCUCCAUGCCAUAGCUACCCGACUAGACGAUGAUGUACCAGAAGUGAGGCUGUCAGCUUUUAAUACAUUAGGGAAGCAACAUGCACUGCCAGAAACUAUUCUUCUGGAUAUGGUUGCACGAUUGGACGACCAUGACCCAGGGGCAAGGUUGGCUGCUUUCAAAUGUUUAAGUGAGCGGCCUGCCUUGCCAGAGAAGAUUCUUCGCCCUAUGCUACCUAAACUCGCUGAUUUAGAGAUAACUUAUGAAAUAGAGGAGACACUGAUGAAAUCAGAUUACUUCCCUUCUAUUUUCCAAGACCUGGACAGCAAAGUUUUACAGUCUAUUUAUCAUAAAUGGAUUAAGCGAAGCUUUAGUGAGCAACUGAGUUGUUACAUAGACGAUGGGAUUCUCCAUGUCGAUACACCAGAGAGGCAAAGCGAGGUCGUCUUGGGGCCGGAUUGCCAUCGCGUUCUUCAGGCAUUCAAGGCAGAAGCAUCAAAGAUGGGAAGUCCUCGCUUCUCGGAGGACGAAGGUGCAGGCUAGGCUGGAGAAGAAGAUUGGCAUUACGUGGGUUUGGGAUUAGAUGGACUUUUCUCGGAGUGCUUAUGGGUGAAGCAUAGAACUGCUGGCAGACAUCUAGGGACGGAUCUUGGUAAAAGCAUCAUCCAUCUGGGCUAUGUGACGAGAUAUACAGGAGGGUUAAAGUUUGGCAGCUUUGGUUGCAAGUGAGCGGUGCAGUGCUCGACCCGAAGGCUUUUUAAUUUGCUACGCGGGAACUAAUUGUUACUGUUAUUGAUGGACGUAAGGUUUCACUUUGUGGAGUACGUUUCACAUUCUGGAUUAUUUUUGCUUUUACUUUUCGGGU